CUCACUGUGACUCGUCUUCCUCGUCUUUGUCUUGAGCGGUUGGACGAUGCACGCCAAAGGAAGCUGCAGCUGCUGCUCCUUUGAGGACUACAAGCUCACCACCGAUUGGCUCCUGAAGCGGACCAGCCAGCGCCCCCAGGUGGCUGUGAUCUGUGGUUCUGGUCUCGGCCUGCUGGCUGACGGAGCUGCCAACAAACAGACCUUCAGGUACCAGGACAUCCCCAACUUCCCCACCAGCACAGUUCAGGGUCAUGAAGGCUGUCUGGUGUUUGGGACGAUUGAGAACACGUCCUGUGUCUUCAUGCAGGGUCACUUCCACCUGUACGAGGGUUAUUCUCUUUGUCAGGUGACGUUUCCGGUGAGGAUCUUCAAGCUGAUGGGGGUGGACACCGUGCUGGUGACCAACGCCAAUCUGUCCGGCUUCAAAGUCGGAGACAUCAUGAUCAUCAAAGACCACAUCAACCUGCCGGGGUUCGCCGGACAACACCCGCUGUGUGGACCCAACGACGAGCGCUUCGGGAUCCGGUUCCCCUGCAUGUCCGAUGCGUACAGUAAGGACCUGAGGCGGCUGACGUGGGACGUGGGCGACGAGCUGGGCUGCAGGGACGUCCUCCGGGAGGGUGUCUACUGCAUGGUGAGCGGACCCAACUUCGAAACCAUCGCCGAGGCCAGAAUGCUGCUGAUCCUGGGCUGCGACUCCGUGGCGGCGGCCUCUGGAACCAGUUCCCAGGGCUCUGAUCGGGUGGUAAGGACCAGGCACACGGAUCUGCUUCGGGAGUCCGAUCGACUCGUUGAUCCUCGUCUGUGUGACGCUGGACACCGAGACGUGUGGACACGUGCCUCCUUCUCCCCAGGCAUGAGUACCGUUCCUGAAGUGACGGUGGCAAAGCACUGCGGACUCCGGGUCCUGGGUCUGUCCCUCAUCACCAACAUGGUGUCUCUGGACUACAGCCGGGAGGAGAAGGUGAACCACGAGGAGGUCCUCCAGACCAGCAGGAUGAGGGCCCAGGUCCUGCAGAGCAUGGUCAACAUGUUGAUCUCCCGCUGCCAGCUGCAGAGCAUCAACACCCACUGACACAACAACACGUCAACAACGACACCAACACGACCACAACGACACGUCAACAACACCAACAUGACAACAACAACGACACGUCAACAACACAACUACA